UUCGCUGUCUCCUCUUUCCAGAUAACUUAAAAUUUCUUGAGCCAUGGCUGCUUUUCUCGUUCCUACGAUCGAAGCUGUGGUCGACGGCGUGCCUAGAAAUUCGAAGGUGUACCAAGUCAGCAUUACGCCGACGAUCUCGUACCGUGUCACCGUCACGGGAGAGCCUGGUGUUUUUGAAGAUUGGAUAGCUCAAUUAAAAGUAGUGGAGUGCGGCAAGUUUUUCCCUGUUGGUGUUGCUGUACACGGAACAGACCGUUACGGUAAUGGAUAUCUUACCGUCUGCACAAGGUUACGAUGUAUCGUCUUUCAACUACGGUUCAGUUAUGGCCUGUCUCGAGACUCGAUGUUGUUCCUCAGGGAUGUCUGCACCUGCUACGGUUGGCGUACGGACGGUUAUAACGAGCAGCUAAGGUGGAGGAAUCAAAGACUAUCGCUUGGAAGACUGACGGACAUCCGAGCUAUUCCCCCUCCUCAACCCAAUGCGGGACUAGGGUUCUUUAGCAUUAUGGUCUAUGGGGAUCCAGUCCAUGAGCCGAGUGCUGAUUGGACGGAUCGCAGUCCUUCGGCCAGGAUGCAACAGAUCGGUGAAACUGUAAUGGAGGCUAGUAUCUGCCUAAUUAUGGGUGGCACAUGUCGUUAUGCUGCUCCUCUUAAUGAAUCACUUCCUCGGGUGAUUUCUUCAACCUUUCCGCAAAUCAACAGAACAGAAGACAUGCAAGACAAAACGAUGUACCAAGUCUCUAUCGACGACAAUCAGAGUCUCCAUGUCACGUACACUAACCGAGCUUCUGUUUUAAACGAAUGGCUGAGAUCUCCAGAGACGAUGAGAAUACACGACGAUUUCAUCGGGAUUUACGUGACCAUUGGAAGUUCAAAGCUCAUGGCCUUGGCAGCCCGAGAGGACUGUCUGGUUUACAACUUGAGCAAGGGCGUAGAUAGGCUCUCUCCUGAGAUCUUGGCAAUAGAAGAAGGAAGCAUCUCUAAGCUUGUUGGUUGGCAUACCGAUCCCCAGAGAUGCAUUCUUGAGGAAUUAAAAUUACCACUCAGCGACGGGAGGAUCUUGGACGUUGAGGAUGAUGGCUUCCCCGUCACACAUACCUAUGAGGAUCUUUCAAGGCUGUAUUUGGGGUAUGAAAUGAAUCUAGUCAGGUCUUGCAGUUCACCUAAUGAGAAAUAUAUAAUGGCUUUAGCGGUUCAAGCCUUUGUGUUCCUAAAGCGCGCCAUGGAUUUGCAAGCUAGUGUUGGAGAUAAUUAGUGAUGCUACUAAUGAUUGUGAUGUUGAUGUUGAAGAAUAAAGAAGAUCGAUGUCGAUGUGUUUCUUAUCCUCGGAUAAUUAAGUGCGUCUAGUUUAUUUAUGCUUUAUAAUUCCUGUGUGUUAAGUUUCUCUACCUAGUGACUUUAUAAAUAAUG